AGAUUUCAAAGUGCGUCACAAACUCACCAACUCCUGGACCUGGACACCUCUCAGCGGACAUAGACAGAGAUAAACCCGGCCUCCGGUUGACUAUCAGCGAACAACACGCAGACAUACACCCAGCCUCCGGUUGACGAUCAGCGGACAGAGACACAGGUGUACCCGGUGUCAGUGGCAGGAUGUCGGUGACUGUGAAGGCCUACCUGCUGGGGAAGGACGAGGCGGUGAAGGAGAUCCGCAGGUUCGCGGUUGAUCAGGACGUAUCCUGCAGCUUCGAGUACCUGAGCAGGAAAACUGCGGACGUGUUUGGAAACCUGAACAACUUCAACCUGUUUUACCGAGAUGAAGAUGGGGACCUGGUGGCCUUCUCCUCUGAUGAUGAGCUGAUGAUGGGUCUGGGGUGCAUGAAGGACUCCACCUUCCGCCUCUUCAUCCGAGAGAAGAAGGAGCACAGACGGGACUUCCCUCUCCAUGCCUUCCCUCCCUUUGCCUUUGGGCCUCCCCCUCCCCCUGCUGGAGGUCCUCCACCUCCCCAUGCUGGAGGUCCUCCACCUCCCCAUGCUGGAGGUCCUCAUGCCCCGCCCCAUGGGCCACACAUGGGUCCGCCUCCUCCUCAUGUGGCCCCACCCUACGCCAUGCACCCCAACGUUACCUGUGAUGGCUGCGAUGGCCCUGUGAUCGGGACCCGCUUCAAGUGUUCAGUGUGUCCGAACUACGACCUCUGCUCCUCCUGCCAGGCUAAGGGGAAGCACACUGAGCACGCUCUACUGCCCAUUUGGCAUCCACUGCAGUGGUUUCCUCGGGGGAAGUGGAUGAAGAGGAUGAGACACUGCAUGUGGAACCUGAACCAGAACCAGGCUCAGAACCAGGACAACGACCAGGACCAGAACGAGUCUAGCCCUUCUAAACCUGCUGCUGAUGCCAACACCCCCUCUGGCUCUCAGACCAAUGUGGACUUCCUGAAGAACAUUGGCGAGGGUGUGGCAGCCAUGUUGAGCCCACUAGGUAUCGAUGUGGACAUCGACGUGGAGCACGAGGGCCAACGGACCAAGGUGACCCCACCUACUCAGAGUGGGGGGGGUGAGGGCGAUGAGGAGAUGGAGCAUACGAGCAGUGAGGGCGGGGCCAGUCUGGGAGCAAAGCGUAGUGACCCUCAGGUGAGCAAGGACUCUGAUGAGGAGUGGACCCACCUGAGCUCUAAAGAGGUCGACCCCUCCACAGGUGAACUGCAGUCCCUGCAGCCUGACAACCAGGAGCAGGGGCCCCUGUCUGAGGGGCAGGCGGGCCCCAGCGGGCUGAGGGAGGCGGCACUGUACCCACACCUGCCUCAAGAGGCCGAUCCCCGCCUGGUUGAGUCGCUCGCCUCGAUGCUCUCAAUGGGCUUCACGGACGAAGGCGGCUGGCUCACCCGCCUCCUUCAGGCCAAGAACUUUGACAUCGGCGCUGCGCUGGACGCCAUCCAGUAUGCCAAGCAGCCCCGCCCACACUAGCACUGAUGAUAUCAUCACGAUGUCAGAACCUGCAUCUGAUUAUUUCUACUCUGUUGUCUGAAUGACAAUCAAUACUGUCCAUUAAUCAAUGUUUCUGUUCUCUUUAUUGAUCAUCCUAUAAACGUUUCUGUGUGAGCAAUAAAAGCAUGAAGAAAAGCA